UUGUGUAAUUCAGUUUUUAAUAAUGGCUGUGUUUAACAACUGACCUGACAAAUGCCUGAAGAUUUAGCAAUGGCAUCCUGUGUGCAGGUAUGCGGUGGCUCCAGCAUUACCACUUGGGUCACAGGGACCCAGGAUUGAUACCUAACGAGGUGAAGGGAAUAAAGGUUCUCUGAGAUUAGGGAGGAAAAAGCCUCAGAGCUGACCUUAUGGAUUCCGUCCGCUGUCCAGCCUUGAGGGGGACGCAUGCAGGUCACAGUUCAUCGCGAAGGGUCCAGCUGGCAUCUGCUUGGGGAUGUACGGAGGACCCAGAACGCAAAGGAGAGAGUGCAGGAAACAUAUUGGAGUUGUCGAGUGUAGAAGGGACUGGGCACUUCCCCUUGUACUUUAGCUAAAAGUCACCUUCACUUUGAACUCUUGUUUUACUCCCAUGCAUUCUUUUAAACAUUCCAAGCUCCUGAGCUGUGAUUUGAAGGAAAUCCCCCUUCCUCCUGCUGGGCAAACAGAAGGUAGAGGUCAAAGGUGUCAACGUGGCAUUGGGAAAGGGAUCAGAGCGGCAGCAGCCACUGGCGUUCACCUCCCAGCUCCUUGCUCCUGCCGCUUGUCUGCUGGGACCGCAGAAUCAGAGGUGCUUCGGCCUGUGGUUUCCCAGAAACGGCUCUGCUGCUGGAGCGCCCGCUCAGGCUGGGGCUGUGCCGGGACUGGUCCUGGGUACACCCCACAUCUGCCUCUUUCACUUUGGGCAGAACAGACAGGAACCCCGCUUCUGGUCCAUACCCUCUGGCUGGCCAUGUCAGUGCUCGCAGCUUUGGGGAUGUUAGCAGAGCCGCACUUUACAAGGCACGCAGGCGCUUGGAAUAUGCUCAUGGCGGCCGUGUGCAUGGCCCUGCUGGGCUGCCUGCAGGCCCAGGAGCUCCAGGGACACGUCUCCGUAAUCCUGCUGGGAGCCACCGGGGACCUGGCCAGAAAAUACCUAUGGCAGGGGCUGUUCCAGCUGUACCUGGAGGAGGCGGGGAAGAGCCACAGUUUUCGCUUCCACGGGACCGCUCUGACGAGCACCAAGCAGGGCCAGGAGGUCAUAGCCAAGGUCCUGGAGUCCCUCUCCUGCCCCAGGGACACAGCUCCCGGUCGCUGUGCUGAACUCAAGGCUCAGUUCCAGCAGCUGAGCGAGUACCGCCGCCUGAAGACACCUGAGGACUAUCUGGCCCUGAGCGAGGACAUUGAGGCCCGGGUCCAGCGUGAAGGCCUCCAGGAGGCCGGCAGGAUUUUCUACUUCUCGGUGCCACCCUUCGCCUAUGCAGAGAUUGCCCGCAGCAUUAACAGCAGCUGCCGUCCAGGCCCAGGUGCCUGGCUGCGCGUUGUCCUUGAGAAACCCUUUGGCCGUGACCACCGCUCAGCCCAGCAGCUGGCCACAGAGCUUGGGAGCUUUUUCCAAGAGGAGGAGAUGUACCGGGUGGACCAUUACCUGGGCAAGCAGGUGGUGGCCCAGAUCCUGCCUUUCCGAGACCAGAACCGCAAGGCCCUGGACGGCCUCUGGAGCCGGCACCGCGUGGAGCGGGUGGAGAUCGUCAUGAAGGAGACCGUGGACGCAGAAGGUCGCACCAGCUUCUACGAGGAGUACGGCGUCAUCGGCGACGUCCUGCAGAACCACCUGACCGAGAUCCUCAUGCUGGUGGCCAUGGAGCUGCCCCUCAACAUCAGCAGCUCGGAGGCGGUGCUGGGGCACAAGCUCCAGGCCUUCCGGGCCCUGCGGGGCCUGCAGAGGGGCAGCGCCGUCGUGGGCCAGUACCAGGCUUACCGCGGGCAGGUGCGCAGAGAGCUGCAGAAGCCAGACAGCUUCCACAGCCUGACGCCGACCUUUGCAGGCAUCCUCGUGCACAUAGACAACCUUCGCUGGGAGGGUGUCCCUUUCAUCCUGAUGUCCGGCAAAGCCUUGGAUGAGAGAGUGGGCUACGUUCGGAUCUUGUUCAAGGACCAGGCGUACUGUGCCCAGAGCGAGAAGCGCUGGGUGCCGGCCCAGAGCCACUGCCUUCCUCAGCAGAUCAUCUUCUACAUUGGCCACGGUGAGCUGGGCGGCCCAGCCGUGCUGGUCAGCAGGAACCUGUUCAGGCCCUCCCUGCCCUCCGCCGGCUGGAAGGAAGUGGAGGGCCAGCCUGGGCUUCGCCUCUUCGGCCGCCCUCUGUCUGAUUACUACGCCUACAGCCCUGUGAGGGAGCAGGACGCCUACUCCAUCCUCAUCUCUCAUAUCUUCCACCGCCGGAAGGACUCCUUCAUCACCAUGGACAACUUGCUGGCUUCCUGGGUCUUCUGGACGCCCUUGCUGGACAGCCUGGCCCACGAGGUCCCACGCCUCUACCCAGGAGGAGCAGAGAAUGGACACCUGUUGGACUUUGAGUUCAGUGGCAGCCACUUGUCCUUCUCCCAGCCGCCACUGGAGCAGCUGGUGCCGGGGCUGGAUUCCGCUCCGAUGCCCAGCGACUUCCAGGUUCUCAGGGCCAAGUACCGAGACAGCCCGCUGAUAUCGGCCUGGCCGGAGGAGCUGAUCGCCAGGCUGGCCGGCGACAUCGAGGCUGCGGCUGUGCAGGCUGUGAGGCGCUUUGGCCAGUUCCACCUGGCACUCUCGGGCGGCUCGAGCCCCGUGGCCCUGUUCCAGCAGCUGGCCACGGGGCACUACGGCUUCCCCUGGGCCCACACGCACCUGUGGCUGGUGGACGAGCGCUGCGUCCCGCUCUGGGACCCCGAGUCCAACUUCCAGGGCCUGCAGGCUCACCUGCUGCAGCACGUGCGUGUCCCGCACUACAACGUCCACCCCAUGCCCGUGCGCCGGCGCCAGCGGCUCUGCGCCGAGGAGGACCAGGGCGCCCAGGCCUACGCCGAGGAGAUCUCCACCCUGGUGACCAACGGCAGCUUCGACCUGGUGCUGCUGGGCAUGGGCACGGACGGGCACACGGCCUCCCUCUUCCCUCAGUCACCCGUCGGCCUGGACGGCAAGCAGCUGGUGGUGCUGACCACGAGCCCCUCCGGCCCGCACCGGCGCAUGAGCCUCAGCCUGCCCGCCAUCAACCGCGCCCGCAAGGUGGCGGUCCUGGUCAUGGGCCGGAUGAAGCGCGAGAUCGCCAUGCUGGUGAGCCGCGUGGGCCGCGAGCCCAAGAAGUGGCCCAUCUCGGGCGUCCUGCCUGAUUCUGGCCAGCUGGUGUGGUACAUGGACUAUGACGCGUUUCUGGGGUGACGGUGCCUUUGCCCUGCGCUCACCGCCGCGCUUUCCUUCACCCAUCCUCUCGCCGCUCUCUCAGUCCUGCCCCGGCCCGCGUGCCCUGCUCUCUGGAAUCUGAUGCCUCGUGGUCAGGGAAGGACAAAGCCCUUCCCCAACCCCUGUGACUGUCCCUGCCUAGUGGUGGUGGGUACACACCGCAACAAGGAAGAAAUGGAAUCUCUGCUCGUGAGAAGCUUCAAAUCCAAGUCAGGAGAGAAAUGUCCACCUUGAGAAAAGACCUGCGGCAGUUACGUGUGAACACCAACGAGCACAAAAUAGGACGGUCUGAAGGCUCCCCGCUUGAGCAGGAGUGUGGUGGGCCGAGGUUAAUGGGGGGCUUCCUGCGGGCCGGGACCCUUCGACCAGCUCUGGUGGAAAAGCAGAACGUGGAUGGUAGAGAGCAGGAGCCCAGGCACCAGUGGCCCUGUGCCCCGCACAGAGCAGGCUGCUGGGAGCCCUCACCUCUCCUGCGUCCCCUUCUUCCUGAGCCUCUGACUCAGCCUGCUGUCCUGUCUCCUCCAGGGCCACCUCCACCUGCUCUGCAUCUCGGGUCUCUUUCUUUUCAGUCUCGACCUUGGAGCUCUUCCCACACCCUCUCUGUUUCUUUGCUGUCCCUCAGACGCCCCAUUUAUGGACAGAUGAUGAUGACAGUAACACGGUGACAAACAAGAUGUUAAAAUGGAUCCAGAAAUCGUGCGGCUGUGGUUUGCAGCUCCUUUUCUCAGUAGAUGGAUUUCUCUGAUGGCAGGAGGCUCUGGUUCCCCAGCUCUGUCAGGGAAGACCACUGCCCCACGCUUGCGCUCCUGUCCCCAGCCAACUCUGCGUGAAACACACUGGAGAUAGACGAUCAGGCCAUUCCAGGGAUCCCACAUUUAAGAGGGUCCUUUGUGUCUCAGGGGACUUCCCAGUGAGUGUUUCCACUCUCGGUGUCCCCUCUUCUUUUACCUGGGAAGGUCCAGUUAAAUCUUUCUCUGACGGUGACAUCUCAUUUGGGGGGAGAGAUGUGACAUCAGGUGAUCGCGACCGUCCAGGUGCUCUGAUCCGACCAGGCUGAGCCAGGCCUCCCUGGUGGGGCCCUGCAGCUCAUGUCAGCACUGGCUGCCCACGACUGUCUCAGGGACUUGACUGACGGUCAGCGCCGAGGGGGGGUGCCGCCUGCCCUUCUCAUACUACCUCGUGGCGGCAUCGGCCUCCCGUCUGCCGGUCCCUCCUGCCAGCACUCACCUCACCACUAACACGUUGCUGAAGAUCUGGGGGAAACCGACAAGCUUCUCGUUAAGAGUAGGUGGGUACUCCGCUCCUGAGAAGCCAUGGGUCGGUAAUACCUGUUUUUCUGAAACCCCCAAGGCAGGGGCGUCUCCAGAAUUCUUUUUUAAAAAUCAAAAUUCUCAGGACACUUUUUUUUUUUUGGCUGCGUUGGGUCUUCAUUGCUGCUCAGGCUUUCUCUAGUUGGGGCGAGCGGGGGCUACUCUUCGUUGUGGUGUGCGGGCUUCUCUUGUUGCGGAGCAGGGGCUCUAGGUGCGCGGGCUUCAGUAGUUGUGGCACGUGGGCUCAGUAGUUGUGGCUCACAGGCUCUAGAGCGCAGGCUCAGUAGUUGUGGCGCGUGGGCUUAGUUGCUCCGCGGCACGUGGGAUCUUCCUGGACCAGGGCUCGAACCCGUGUCCCUUGCAUUGGCAGGCGGAUUCUUAGCCACUGAGCCACCAGGGAAGCCCUCUCAGGACACAUUUAAUUUUUAUUUCAACUUCCCAUGUAGCCAUGUCCCCAAGAUAUGUCAGUAAAGGAUAAGACAGGUAUUUCCGUGUAACUGUUUCCCCAUCUUAUAGUCAUAUUUUGUAUCAGGCAGAUACAUCUGAUCAGGCAAGAUACAAAGUGUCAAGGUCACAACAAGGGCUUACCUGGGUGAGAAGAAGCAUCAUGAAAUCUGUUUCUCUACAUUUGAUUGUUUACACUUUUUUCAAGGCAGUUUACACUUCUUCAAUAAUUUAAAAGAGUUCUUGCUGUGAUUUGAGAUGUGUGCAUGUGAGGUGGGCUCUGGCGGGGGGGGGGCCCUGCACCUGUUGACAUUUGGCUUCCCCCGGUCUCCAACGACCCGGUCCAGACAGGACAUCUCUCUUUAGGCCAAGAGAGCUCACCUUGGCCCAAAAGAGCACAGUGCCGGGGUCAGGAAGUCCCCUCCCUUUCUGAAGAGUCAGCAUUUUAGCUUUGCUGCACCUGGUGGGCCGGCCUGCAGGAGCGGACAGACACGUGGUUGUCGGCCGAGUGCCGCCUCUGGCCACGUGGGGGCGCCCACGCACCAUCCCUGCUGUCUGGAGCGCGGAGGCGUUUCCCCUCCGCGCAGGUUCCUGCGCUUCCCCGGCCUCCUGGCUCUGAGCAACGCCCCCACCCCCACUCCCCACGCCCCCCGCCCCCGCCGUUGUUCUUUAGGAACUUCUUCCUCUGCAAGAAAGAAGGGGACCUCCACAUACCUGAGUGUCGCUGCAAGACCAUUUCUGAAUAAUAGUGAGUCACUGCGGGCCUGAGCCUGGCACGUCCUAUUUUCAUCCGUGGAGAGCGCCUCUAGGGGCAGGGGCGGGUUUCCUUUCCGGAAUCAAGUGCCGUCUUAAAGUCACACCAGGAGGAUCCACUGGGAGACACUGUCGUAUCCCUGCUUCCGCCUGCUCCCUUUCCCCUUUCCCUCCCUUGUCCCGGCACGGUGGUUUUCAAACUUUUUGGAUCAUGAUCCACAGCCGAAAACACAUUUUCCGUCAUGAGUCAGUGAUCACAUUCAUGCAUGAAUCUACGUCUCAAGCAAAAAAGUUUCAUAAAGGAAUUCUCACUCUGAGAAUUCAGGAUACCUUCUCUAAUUUUUAUUUUUAAAAAUGCUGCUUGUAAUUUGCUAAAUUGAGUUGAUACAUAGUUUGAGAAGUGCUGCUCUAAUCUGACUUUACCCUGUGGUAUAAGCCGAGGCCCCAGGGUUUGGAAGGGAGCACAGGAGCCCAGCUCACACAGGGAAUGCUCAUGACCGCACUGGGACUGGUACCCAGGCUUUCCGUUCUUGCAGCUUCACGCCUCGGACCAGUCCCAGGUGGUGCUGCUCCAGCCUCUGUGGUGGGAUGCUUGCUUCCUCCGUCAUGAGGGAGGGGAGGAGUAAGUGUUGAAGACAAGGUGACCAGAACGCUGGGGCUUGUGGGAGCGAUGCCAAUGUGCCCUUUACAGAAGGGUGAUACGUUCCAGGCUCAGUACUAAACGCUUUGCACUGUGUGGCCUUGUGUAGUCUUUACGACAAUCCUGUGAGGAGGUGGCGGAAUCCUGAUUUACCAAUGAUUUUGAAACUGAAACUGGAGUUGUCUAAUGACGACAGGCCAGUUGUUCUAAGCCAGACGUGGACCCCAAGCCUUCAGGGUUCUAGACGUGUGCUCCCAGCCACCCUGCGCUGCCGCCACCUCCCCAGGGAGCUCGGUGCAGCCGCGGUUCCCAGAACCCAGGCUCUCGGAGCAGGCCCCACGUCAGAGGCCCUGUGGGCCUGUGAAAGGCAGCAGGGCCCCUCCUCCCGGAAGCCGGGUCAAAUCCCCGUCUCUAGAGCAGGCGUUACUACCAUUAGCUGCAGGGAAAGAAUUUGGGACUUUCCGGAUUGCUGUAAGCUAGAUUCUGAUUUUGCUCCGGGAGCAAAGUUUUCUGUUAACCACAAGUGUGAACAGUCCUGUUGACCUGCCCGGCUUCUCAUUUCUCUGCAGACAGUGCUUUCUUCCCAGUCCUGGGCCUCCCGCGGCGCAGCACAUCCCAAGCUCUCUGCCAGCGGGCGCUGUUCCAGAACACUCCCUCGAGGGCCGCUGUUCCAGAACACAGGGCUUGGUCUCCCUGGUCUGGGGGCUUCCUCCUCCCCAUUUGUACAGAGAGCUGGGGACGGUGUGACUGAGAAAGGGAGGGAGACGCUUCUGCAGAACCUCAAGUGGCAGUUUCCUACAAGUUUUCAGAAACAAGAGUUUUUUUUUCCCCUCGACAAAAAUACAUGCAACCUCGCAGGAGCAGCUUCUGCAUCAGCUUUACCAGCUCUUUUUUUUUUUUU